AUGCGGCACCGUCUCACAAAAUCUCUCCCCUCGUUCAUCCAGGGAUCAUGGGUGGGAGAGCAGCUGACGGGAAUUUUAUCUGCCCGUCAGCCGGAAAACAAGCUCUUUUACAACUGGAAUCUCGCGCUCCUCGCGUAUUGCGACGGCGGGGGCUACGCGGGUACCGCAGGGAAGGUCACAGUGAAGGGCAACGGGAAAGGCGCGACGCUGUUCAUGCAAGGCGACGCGAUCGUUAAAGCCGUGCUAAGUGAUCUCAACGGGACGCAGAACGGCAUGGCGGGGGCGCCGCGGAUCCUCAUCUCAGGCUGCUCUGCGGGCGGAUUCCCAGUCACGCGCAUCUGCGACUCCGUGGCCGCCGCGCAUCCCAAGGCCAACGUCAAGUGCCUCAUUGAUGGAGCCUUUUUCCUUGGUUACUACUUCCGGCCGGGCAGCGGCAGCGGGGCGAAGUCAUGGCACAUCCACCUGCCCAUCGGGGGGUGGUGCGCGACAAUGGAGGACUGCGCGGACCGCGCGAAGACGCCGCUGGGGAGCACGCGCAUGCAGGCGGACAAGAACUGGCGGUGGUCCAAGUUUCUGAGCAAGGGAAUGAUGAGCCCGCUGGCCAAGACCAAUCCGCUGUUCUUUAACUGGAACUACGUCAUGCCCGUGUAUUGCGACGGAGGCGGGUUUCAAGGGAAGGCGGGGUUGAGAUCGGUGCAGGGUGGUCCGGCGCUGUACCUGGACGGGAGAAAGGUUCUCCGUGCGAUUCUUAGAGAUGUCCUGGCGACACGUGGCAUGUCGUCAGCUUCUGAGGUGCUUAUAUCGGGAGCAUCAGCGGGCGCGCAGGCAGUGACGACCUUUUGUGACUUUAUCGCGGCGCAGCUGCCGGGCGCCACCACCAAGUGCCUCAUGGACUCGGGCGUGUUCGUCGACGCGCGCGACCGCAAGGGCGGGCGGAGGUUCCGGUCAGUGGCGCAGAAGCUGGUGGCGAUACACCAAUUCCAGGGGAGCGACCGCUGCAGCGCUGAGUACAACUCCAGCACGCAGUGGCGCUGCUUCUUCCCUCAGUACUCCCUGCGCUUCGUCUCCCGUCCCGUCUUCAUCGCCAACUCCCUCUUCGACCGCCACGCAGCCGUCAUCGGCAACCAGAUGCCGCUCGAUUUCACCUAUGCUGACACGUGCCUGUCGGAGCUGCUCGCACAGCCAAUUACAGUCAGCCAGCUCCAGAGCGACCGCAUGAGAAGCGUGAUUCCCGUUGCCCAGAAACCGAUGCAGCGCUGUACGGAUGCUGAGAGGGAUUCGGUGCUGUCUGUUGCGGUAAAUGUGCUGGACACCGUGGAGGAGUACAUUAAAAGCCACCCACAAUCGGCGGCAUUUCUGCCCAGCACAUCCGACCAUGGAUUCACGUUUGUCGGGCUUUGGAACCCCGUCCCCCCACUUUCUUUCAACGCACAGCGCGGCAUCCAGCACCAGCCCUUCAACCCCCUUCCCGCACCCCCGACCCACUCACUAUCUGCCCUUCUUUCCUCGGUCGCUCGGUCGCUCGAGUCUUUCGAGUCUCGCAGCUCAGUCACUCCCGCCUCGCCGCAGCGCGCUUCCCAGUGGAUGAAGCCGUCAGCGGACCUGUCGCCGUCCUCGGCCGCCAUGUGUAAGCGCGAGGGGGGGCACGGCGGAGACGCGUCGCGGCUGACGGAGAGCGAGAAGGAGAAGACGAAGCUGCGCGAGCGGCAGCGGCGCGCCAUAACCACGAAGAUCUUUGCCGGCCUGCGCAAGUACGGCGGAUACAACCUUCCGCCGAGGGCGGACAUCAACGACGUUCUGCGCGCGCUCGCCGCGGAAGCAGGCUGGGUUGUCGAGUCCGAUGGCACCACCUACCGCUCCCCCGGGUCGCAGCCGCCCACUCGCCACUCGUCGCUGCACAGUCGCACGGCGGCUGCCAUCGCUGCCGGCUCGCUCGCCAUGUACCCGACACAGCAGGCGACGCAGCUGGCGCCGCAGCUGGCGCCGCAAUCGCCGGCGCAGCUGGCGCAUCUACAACAUCCUGCCGCGCACAUACCGCACUCUGCGCACCCGCACGCGCUUCCCCAGCUCGCCGCGACGCCGUCGGGCGCAACCGCAUCCGUUUCGCCCAUGUCUCCGCGGGAGGCUUGCGCGUCCGCUCCGCUCGUCGGCUCUCCGCCCUCCACCGGCAGCCCCUCGCUGCUCCCCCGCUCCUCCCCGCCUUCCGUUCCCGCAUCCGCUGCAGCUUCCGCCAGCGGCGCGGUGGGGGGAACCGGCGGAGGUAUGGCGGGCGUGGGGCUGGGUGGCGCGGGCAUGUACGGCGGCAGCAUGAUGGCGGGAAUGAACGGAUUCGGCCUGCCCGGAUCGUUCCCCGCGAUGCACCUUCCGCACGGCAUGCUUGCGCUGAUGCCGCAUCCGCCAGGCACUUCCUCCGCCGCUGCGGCUGGCGGAAUGGGCGCGUUUGCGAUGAGCAUGGGGCCGGGCGGAAUGAGCGCGGGCAUGGGCGCAGGCUUGAGCGCAAGCAUGGGCGCGGGCACAGCGAUGAGCGCGGGGGUGGACAUGAAGAUGGAUCCGCACGGGGGGGGGAUGCUGCUGGCGGGAACGACGGGCGGAAGCAGCGCGUGCAUGAUGGGGAUGCUGGGGAGCGCGGGGGACCCUAUGUCCGCUGCCGCUGCGGCAGCCGCGGCUGCCUCAAGUGGGGGCGGAAUGGGCGGUGGUAUGGCUGGCGUUGUGGGCGGAGGAAUGGGCGGCGGAAUGGGCGGAGCAAUGAUGCUUCUCCCCGGAUUCCAUUCCCUGCCCCAUGGUGCGGGCUCCGCUGCUGCAGGGGGAAACAUGGGCGGGAUAAUGGGCCCCCUGGGGGAGCUACACAUGGGCGGAGGAUUGCUGGGCGGAGGGGGCGGGGGCAGCACUUUGCUUGGGGCGGAAGGAGAGGUUGUGUGGCUCUAG